CAGCUUCAUUAAAAAAAGACCGCCGUUUGCACUACCGGCUUUCUUUAUUACUCUCCCUUGCACUUUCUUCUCCCCACUUUAUAUACCUUUUCUUUAUUUAUUAUUGUUGCGCUGUCGAUCAUGGUCUCUUUGAAGUGGUCAUGGCUAUUAUUUUUUGUAUGGAAUGGAAUCGUGAAAGCUCAAGAGCUCGCUCCCGACAGUGAGGAAGGAGCCGAGUGCUCGGCUGAACAGAUUCAGGAUUAUAAUAUGCCAUUACGUAUCGGCGCGAUUUUCAUUAUCCUCGCUACGAGCGCUAUUGGUGUCUUUGCACCCAUGAUACUUCAUCGUAUCAGCCCUUACAGCAAAGGAUCGAUCCGCGAUUGGGUUUUGACGUUUGGACGAUUUUUCGGUACGGGUGUCAUUCUUGCCACAGCGUUUGUUCAUAUGCUUCCCGAGGCUUUGGAAAAUUUCGAGAGUCCCUGUUUGAGCGCCGGAUGGAAAUCGUAUUCAGCAUUUGCCGGUGUAUUCUGCAUGCUCGCAUCGUUUGCCUUGCAACUUUUGGAGUUAGCCGCCAUCGCCAAUGUCGAACGAGUUCGAGCUAAAAAAGCGUUAGCGAGUCCGCAAAUGGACCUUGAAAAAGCCAGCUAUGCCUCCGUCGCUUCCGAAUCCUCCUUGUCUACCGCUGCAGCCGCCAACGUCGAAGAGACUCCACAACAUGUCGGCCAUGUGCAUAGCGCCGGGCUCUUGGAGGGAGAUCAAUCAAUUAAAAACAUCGGUACCCUUGUUCUUGAACUGGGUAUCGUCAUGCAUUCUAUCAUCAUCGGCAUCACUUUAUCCAACACAGGCCAAGAGGAAUUUGUUACGCUUCUUAUCGCCAUUGUGUUUCAUCAGUUUUUCGAAGGCGUCGCAUUGGGAACAAGGGUCAACGACAUGCAUGCGUGCAACUGGAAAAAACCUUUCAUUAUGGGAACUGUUUUCACCAUUAUGACUCCUCUUGGUGCAGCCAUCGGUAUUGGUAUCCAUUCAUCCUUCAACCCUAAUUCCUCUUCGUCCAUUCUCGCCAGUGCAAUUCUUGAUUCCUUAUCUGCCGGUAUUUUGUUGUACAAUGGCUAUGUUUCACUUAUGAGCCUUGAAAUCAACCAAAACGAGGCUUUCCGACGCUCUUCUUUGGGACGCAAAGCCAUUAGUUUCCUGGCUAUGUAUGCAGGUGCAGGCCUUAUGGCCCUUCUUGGCAAAUGGGCGUAAAUGGCUGAUUUGCGUAUCUCAUCUCCCUUUCAUAUUUCAUCACCUCAUCCUCUUAGUAUCAUUUUUGUUACCUAUCACCUAUCAUUUGUACAUAUAACUUACGCAUUCAAUAACAUACCGUGAGCAAAAUCAAAUACUAGGCUCGAAAUCACCAACUUAAA